AACAUAGCACUACAGUGGUCCCGCUUCUCAAUGUCAUUAUUUUUUUUAGGUUAAAGGGCAAAAACGUGUUUUUAUAAAUAAUGCGUUAUUUAAAUUAAAGCACUUACCAAAUGGUCUAAAUUCCCUUCGUUUGGCACUGAUUUUAUGGCAGAUGAGGGGAGAACCCCAGAAUGGCUUCUCUGUCGGAUCCACGAAUUUCUAAUCCUGUAUUAUCUUCAUUAAAAAUCCAGAGCAACGAUAGAAUUAUCUUUAUUAGAGAAAAUGCCUUAGCCGACUCUAAUUUUAUUAUUACUCAUUUACUAAAACAGUUUUUCUAUGAAAAAAGUAGAGUAUGCUUUCUGACUUUACACAAUACUUUGGAUCAUUAUCAGAAUGUUGGAAAGAAACUUGGGUACGAUUUGAAAGAAGCUAUUGAAUGUAACAAUAUUAAAAUAGUUGAUCCGCUGGCUGAUAUAGUUGAAGGUAUCGGAAAAGAAAUAGAGGAAAGUUUUGAAGAGUCACAAAUGCUAAAGUGUUUGUUUCUCUCAAUAAAGAAACAUAUCGACAACUAUUGCUCUUUGAAGGACUGUCCAGUAUACCUAGUGAUCGAUGACGUUAGCCAUUUUCUAGACUUAGCAAUAGAUUUGUCCCAGAUAAUUAGCUUUAUCAACUACUGCAUUAAUUUAACGAACAAUGAUAAUAUUUCUGUUGUGAUUAAUGCACAUGUUGGAUCAAAGAAUGACGAAAUUGUAGCCAAAAGUGUUCAGCAUAUAUGCGAUGUUUUUGUUGAAAUAUCGCAAUUAAAAACCGGUAAAAGUACAGACAUAACUGGGUUAAUGACCAUACAAAGAGGUGAUAGUAUAAACAAUUAUCACUACAGGACAUUUGACAGAGGUGUCAAGACUUUCCACCCUGGAGAAACCAUAUACAACUUGUAUAAAUAAGCCUUAACAUAUUGGUUCUUUAUAUUUUUACAAAAGAACUUUUGCAAAAAAUGUUAAUUUUAAAUAUUUUAAACAACAUGUUUGGAGAAUUCGUGUUUAGUUAAAAUAAAGUUUUACAUAUACA